CACAACCGGGUCAUUAUGCAGGUUUUGAGGAAGCGCUGAUCAACGCGAAACAGCUGUCGCCUGGGCGCCCCGCAUCUGACUACCCUGUUUUUAUUUAUAAGGAGAAAUAAAGGAAGAAUAUUUUAUGCUGAACAUCAACUACAGAGGAAAAAGAAGAGCCGAGGAGAAGGAAGAGCACUACAUCAGGAAGAGGACUGAUCAACAAGGAAUCCACACCUUCAGCCAUGUACAGAACACUUCAUUGCCCGAUGCUGUUUUGUGCUGUUGUCAUCUUCUCUGGGAUAGCAAUGAUCAGCUUUCAAUUUCAAAGCAGGAAAUCACUUCUCAGGUAGAAAAGGUCAUGCCCAGUGAUACAUUUUACUUCACCAUCUUGCGAAAUCCAGUCACCCUAAUGGAAUCAGCCUUCACAUACUACAAAAACACAAGCUCUUUCUCUAAAGCUAAAAAUAUAGAAGACUUUUUAAACAACUCCAACAAAUUUUAUCAACGCGACCAACUUGAUAGUGGUUUUGCUAAGAAUCCCAUGACUUUUGAUCUAGGUUUUGACCACAAUGGGCCUGUUUUGUUGAAGCAUUUCAAGCUACCUUGGCGAGCAGUAGACGCAAUAUUUGAUCUGGUGUUGAUAGCAGAAUACUUUGAUGAGUCUUUGGUGCUCCUUAAAGAUGCCCUCUGUUGGAAUUUAGAUGAUGUCUUGUCAUUUCCACUCAAUACCAGAAGUAACAAGAGCAGAUCAAAUCUAUCUGAUGAGGCCCAGGAGAGAAUAAAAAGUUGGAACCAGCUGGACUGGCAGUUGUACAUUUACUUUAACAAUUCAUUUUGGAAUCAUGUGGAAAGGUUUGGGAGGGAACGCAUGCGGUAUGAAGUGGAGAAACUAAAAACAAGACGGGCACAGCUUUCUGAGAAAUGUCUAGAUGGUCAAGUGGACCCAAGUCUACUAAAAGACAAAUCAAUGCUUCCAAAGCAGUUUGGUUUAGCUACAAUUCUAGGGUACAAUCUUAAGUCUGGGCUAGAACAAAAUGACCAAAAAUUGUGUCACAGACUUGUCCUUCCAGAAGUUCAAUAUAAUGAUCUUCUGAAGAAGAAACAGGUUGGAUUAUAGAGUUUGUAAUCACUGCAAAUGUCUAUAAAUAUGUUAAGCAGGCUCAGUCAGCAUGAUCAAUCAUAUUAAACCAGGCAUACUGCAUGGUAGAGCUCAGCAGACUGAUUAAAAUGAUAUCUUUCUUUUGUCGUUAUGCUAAAUUGCUGCAAAGAUAGCUGUGUUUUAUUCACAUGCAAAUAAGCAAGUUGGAGCACCAGGUGGUGGGUCUGAAUCCUUUGAGCACUGCUUUGUAACACCCCUGUGCUCUGCACACUGUCCCCUCCCUUUGAUUGACAGGGCCACAAAUCAGCAUGCUGAGGAAAGAGUUGUUUUGCAGAAUCUACUAAUAUAUAUAUUAUAUAAUAUUGCAUUACCACAUUGAGAUAUACUUAGAAAGCCAAUAUACAUGCUGCUUUAUUCAUAGGCACAAUAUAUGAUUAUAAAGACACGGGCAAUAUGUGUUAGCUUUCUGAGCAUAGAAAGACCACACUUCUCUAUGUGAUAAGAUAAUGCUAUAGCUUAGUGCUAAGUGCUUAGCCUUGCGUGUAGAAAUCCCAGGUUUAAAUCUUGGGAGAGAUGGAUGUUUUUUUUCAGAUAUUUUUUUCUCCCUCAUUUAACCCAUAAAAGAAGUCUAUAGGGGUCAUUUAUCAAACUGGUGUAAAGUAGAACUGGCUUAGUUGCCCAUAGCAACCAGUCAGAUUCCAUAUUUCAUUUUGGACAGCUCCUUUGGAAAAUCAAAGGAGGAAUCUUGUUGUUGUGGACAACUAAGCCAGUUCUACUUUGAUAACUGACCCAUUCACUUAAAUGGGGCUGUUCAGAUGAGCGGUGAUUUUCACGCAUCACUUGUGCGUUGCGCGAAAAUCGCAGCAUGUUCUAUAUU